AUGGAGGAGCUUGUAUCGAAGCUUCGUACGACGCACUUCAGCGCGUGGCUACAAGAGUACGCAAACGUCGUGUGUACGGUUUUGGACUUCGGGGGAAAGGAGCCGAGCCGACGAGUUCUGCAUGUGAGCGUCGACCAGAACGGAUGCGAUCAACAGGAUGAUCGGCAUGGAGGUUGUCCCAUUUGUGGAGGACAACAUGCUGCGACGAGCUGCAGGGAGUUCAUUGGAGCUUCGCCACCGGGUAUGUGGAGCAUGGUGAGGAGGUAUCGGCUCUGCUUCACAUGCUUACGGAGUGGACAUACGACCGGGUCCUGCGAUGUACAUGGCGAAUGCCAGAUCAAGGCCGCAGAUUGCAUCACCGUCUGCUACAUGGCGCGGACGAGCAGCGAAGAUGGCCGUUGCAGCGAGGUGGCUUCAGGAGCCACAACGGAGGAAACCAGCAGUCAGCAGUUUUCAGGCGUGACCCGGGCAGGAGGUCUGCGCCACGAGGUGGUUACAGGAACCACGAGGGGAGCCAGCAUAACGCUGUACGGAGCUGGUCGCCAGGUGGACACAUAUGCGCUCUUGGAUGAGGGAUCCUCCGUCACGAUGAUCGAUGACGAGCUACGGAGGGAUCUAGAAGUGCGAGGCGAACAUCGACAGCUGAAUAUUCAAUGGUUUGAAGGAGGGGCCAGCAGCAACAUGGUGAGCAUGGAAAUAAGUGGAGCUGGGAAGCCCACUCGCCACGCUUUGAGGAACGUGUACUCUGUUUCGAACCUGAGUCUGCCGAUACAGACGUUAGGUCGAGAGAUGUCCAGGGCGUGCAUAAAAAUGUCGCAGGCAGCGAUGACGCGCAGGCACAAAGGAUCCUCGAAGACACCACGUUGGCGUUGGAAUACGAUCAUCAAGGAUUACGUAUCCAAAGGAUAUGCGAGGAAGCUGCAGCACGAUGAGGUCGCGGUGACGACCGACGGGCUAUGGUAUUCGCCACAUUUUGGUGUCGAAAACCCGAACAAGCCCGGUAAGGUCCGGCUUAUGUUCGAUGCUGCAGCCAAGGUUGGAGGAACCUCGCUAAAUUUGGCGCUGGACAAGGGGCCUCAGCCAUACAAGCGUUUGUCAGCCGUGCUCUUUCACUUCACGAAAGGAGCAGUCGGAGUCUGCGGUGACAUUAAGGAGAUGUUCCACCAAGUACUGAUCCUACCCGAGGAUCGGUGUUCCCAACGAUUCCUUUGGAGAGAUGGCAACGACGAUGGAUACCCGGAUGCGUACGAGAUUAACGUAAUGACGUUUGGAGCAGCCUGCUCGCCGAGCGCUGCGCAUCACGGAAAGACGGUGAAUGCCCUGAAGUUUCGGGAUUCGGAUCCGAGGGCAGUUAAAGCCAUCAUCGACCACCACUACGUCGAUGACUAUGUGGACAGUUUCGCUACAGAGAGCGAACCUAUCAGUUUUUCAUCCAGCUCACCCAUCGUUGAAGCGGCGUUGGGACCACCUGGACAAGUCAAGAGCGUCGGAUGGGGUGGGGCUGAGCUGAUGAUCCUUGGAAUGCGCUGGCAGGUAGCCACGGACGACUUCAGAUUCAACGUGGAGUAUCACCGAGUGCCAAGAAGCGUUCUAAGUGGAGAUCGAGUCCCUACAAAGAGGAAGUAUUUGAGCUUGCUGAUGUCAACGUUCGAUCCAUCAGCGAAGCUGAUGUUAAGAGAGAUUUGGUGGCAGAAGAUCCAGUGGGACGAACCACUACCGGAGGAGAUAGGCCAAGCCUUUGCCGCCUGGCGCAGGGAGAUGGACGCUGUGGGACAGUUCCGAUGCCCUCGUCACUAUUUUGAGCAUGGAGCAGUUCGGACCAUCGAGCUGCACGGGUUCGUGGAUGCAAGUCAAUCUGCAUUCGCGGCAGUGGCCUAUUGGAGGGUCAUGUACGAGGUAACAACGUGCUGGUUAACUUCGUGUGAGCAAAAACGACGUGCGCGCCGAUGA